AUGGCGUCGACGCGUCGGACGACUUACCACCAGCUCAACAUCUACCACGAUCCCGUGCCGGUUCUGCCGUCCACGACUUUCCAAGAUCUCCCACAGGAUUCGGUCGAGGCAGCCCUUCUAAGCGCCCUUGGCCAACAACCUUUCAGACAACCGGGCUUCUUGCUCAGUCCCUCGCACAACUCGCCCAGCUUUGCUCUUCCGAGAAAGCACUCGAGCUCGCCCGACGGUCCUUUCGGCAGACGCUCGCUCCACAGCAUCUCGGUUCCCUCUCCGCUGCAAUCAGCCUUUCUCUCCGACUCACCCGUAAAACCGGGUUUCUUCUCAGCCAUGAACACCCUGAACAAGGAGAACAUGAUGCCCUACGACCACCACCUCUACGCCGCCCAAAAGGCCGUGCCUAUCAAGCGCGCACUCGCCGACAAGACCACAAAGAAGCCAGUCAAGGCCACAGAGCAAUACGACUUUGUCCUGCCUGAGCCCGAAGAGAUGCCGUCAGUCCACGACGACGGAAACAAGCCCACCUUCAGCUACGCAACCCUCAUUGGCAUGGCCAUCCUGCGCGCACCCAACCGCCGCCUCACACUCGCCCAGAUCUACAAGUGGAUCUCGGACAACUUCAAGUACUACCGCGCGUCCGAGACUGGCUGGCAGAACAGCAUUCGUCACAACCUGAGCUUGAACAAGGCUUUCAUCAAGCAGGAGCGUCCCAAGGAUGACCCUGGUAAGGGCAACUACUGGGCAAUCGAGCCUGGUAUGGAGCGUCAGUUCUGCAAGGACCGUCCUUUGAAGAAGGUCCAGAUCCCCUCCGAGAUGAUGCCUCUGCAGACUCUUCCCAGCAACGCCCCCCGUCCAGUCACCACCCCUGCAAUUGGCCGCUUCGCUCUCGGCCCCAACCCUGUCAAGAAGACCGACACCAAGGCUGUCGACUCCGCCUCGUUCCCUCAGGACCACUUCUCCUCCGACGGCACCAUCCCUGCCAGCGAUCCCGCUCUUCAAGAUGACGAACUUGCCAUGCCUCCUCCCGCCGCACGCGCUUCUAUGCGUUCUUCUCCUCCUCCUGCCUUCGGCUCAUCUCCUCCACCCAUGCAAGACACCCCUCCUCGCGCUUCACGCCUACGUUUCCCUACCGACACCCACUCCGGCGGCGCUCGUAAGCGUAAAUUCAACGCUCCUCAGGACAGUGGUUACUACUCUUCGAUUGAAUCGUCGGCUGUCAGAAACCCUACCAUCUCGCACGUCGCUCUCACUUCCGAUGCCGACCCAGACCACCGCCGCAUCAAGCGCGGCCGCGCCGAAGAGGAAAUUGCACGCAUUCGCAGCUCAUCGUACGACAGUCCCACAAAGAAGACCGCUCUCCACAAGCGCAAGCCUUCUGUCCACUUUGAGUACACUUCUCCCCAGCGUCCAACCUCGUCUGCUGCAGCUGUUGCUCCCUUGACCCCCGCUGUUGUCUUCAAGCGUCCGGCCAAGCCCCCACAAUCAUGCUCGCCUAACACCAGUCUGCGUAACCACCGCAACAACAUCAAGGCAUUCCUCGGCGAAUCUCCUGCAAAGAGCUGGACUCCUCUGGUCCCAUUCUCCCCUGCUUUUAACCUCGACGAGUUUACUCCCGCCAAGGACCUUACUCCCUGGCGCCCAUCUAACGACAACAACGAUGUCUUCGAUGAGAAUGCUACUAUCGACGACCUCAGCGCUCGCGGAAGCCCUGGCAAGAAGCGUCCUCGCAUUGAACGUGCAGUCACCUCCACUGGUGUCCUGGCUGACAUCACUUCGGGCAAGGGCAAUGCUAUGGCUUUCGACAGCCCAUUCAACUUCCACUUCACGCCCUUGAAGGCUAAUCACCCUGCUCAGCUGCGCUCCCCUGUCAUGCUCGGCUCACCUCUAAAGCGCGUGACUAUGGCUCCUCCUUCCACAGGUGUUUCCGACAACACUGUCAGUGCACCUGAGUGGCUGGACCUGUCUCUCGACAACUACUUCCCUCAGCACAACGGACAGGAGCUGUUCGGACUGGGCAUCCAGGAUGACAUCUUUGACGAGCAGGGUCUCGACAUCCUCCAAGAGUUUGGCAAGAUUGGAUCCAAGCAACAGCCUCAGCUCCAGCCUACCAACACUGGAAGCAACAGCACAGGCAGCCCCGCCAAGCGCUCUCAGCGCCCCAGCAUCAGCAGAAGCAUCACCUCGAGAUUCUAG